ACAACAUCCGCCCUUACCCAUAAACAUUUUCAUACAUGGCUAAAGCAAUCCAGACCGUAAAUCUUCUUCUUCUCUUGCUGGGGUCCAUCUUCAUUGCGGCCCAAUCUCGGCCCUUCAACCGUGGGUUCAUCCUCGACAUCGUUGAUUUCGCUAAUGAAUUCUCUCUAGGAUCUAUCAAAAGUUCAGGUCCGAACCCUGGCGGCGGUGGCCAUACGUCUACGAAUGUGAACACUCUGGGAGGGAUCAAGAACUCUGGACCAAGCCCGGGAGGCGAAGGCCACAAGUUCACGAAUGCCAACACUCUAGGAGGGAUUAAGGAGGGACCGAGCCCGGGAGGUGGGGGCCAUAAGUUCACAAAUGCUAACACUCUAGGAGGGAUUAAGGAGGGACCGAGCCCAGGAGGUGGGGGCCAUAAGUUCACGAAUGCCAACACUCUAGGAGGUAUUAAGGAGGGACCGAGCCCGGGAGGUGGGGGCCAUAAGUUCACUAAUGCCAACACUGUAGGAGGCAUUAAGGACUCUGGACCAAGCCCGGGAGGCGGAGGCCAUAAGUUCACAAAUGCCAACACUGUAGGAGGGAUUAAGGACUCUGGGUCAAGCCCUGGAGGCGGGGGCCACAAGUCCACCAAUGCCAACACUGUAGGAGGGAAUAAGAAGUCUGGGCCAAGUCCAGGAGGCGGGGGCCACAAGUUCAUGAAUGCCAACACUCUAGGAGGGAAUAAGAACACUGGGCCAAGUCCAGGAGGCAGGGGCCAUAAGUUCACGACUGCGAAUACUAUCGGAGGGAUUAAAGAUUCCGGGCCGAGCCCCGGAGAAGGGCAUCCCAACGUCGAUAAAGUGCACCAAUGAUGGCUUUCUUACCAGCCUUGAUUAUUUGAUUAUUUGAUUAUUGAUAUGCUUAUGUUAUUAUGUGUAAGUAAAAUAACACAUGAGAUUAGCAUAGGAGAAGCCCAUACAUAUAAUAUGAAUUUUUUCAUCUACUCAAUUUUAUUUUUUUAUUUUACUGUAAGUAUCAUGUAUGAGAAAUGAAAUUUCAAUAAUAA